GGAGUUGGGGUCAUCUUCACGCCCUGAAGUUUGUCAUUUGAGUUCGCGCAGGCGCGAAAUGUGCUGAGGUCGCUGAGGGGGUGUGAUUGUGUUGUGUGAUAAGUGUGAUAAGGAGCACGAGCGUCGAGCGAUGCCGGCAAAUGGCGGUUGUUAUCAGUUGUUAUAGCGACCACAAUUGAUAUAAUAGUAAAUUGAAUGUAGAACAUAUCAUAAGGAUCUGUGACAAGUAUUGACAGUAUCGUAUAUGUGUAUAUGUGUGUGUCACAUUGAUCUCCAAAGCCAAAUAUGAGUAUUCUUCAUGUCAGCGAGGAAGGCUGGAUCAUAUCUCACUUGCAGUAUCUCAAUGAGAUAUACAAGAAAGUUCAAAACGAAAAUGAAUUUUGCGCUUUAGGCUUUAACAAAAUGAUAUUCGAGAUCAAUUCUCAAUACUUGAGGCAAAAUCAGAUAGCUCAGACUGUCCAGGAGUCCCAGGACAGUACCACGAUGCUUAACAAUAGAAAAAAGAGGAAGCGUUCGCAGCGAUUGCCGCAGAAAGACUUGGAGGAAGUUGAUCGCGUUAAACAAGCAUUCGGCGCAAUGAUGUCUGCUGCGAGAGACAAAGAUCUCUUUUGCCGGAAUAACUCCUUCGAUAACAAUGAGGUAGCACGUUUGGCAUCCAUGAAAUUCUAUCAAGAUACUUAUUCCGUCAAAGAUGAGAACCUGUAUGGAUCCAACGAUACUAAUGAUGCUAUAAUAUCCAAGGCUCACGAUAAGAAAUAUGUGUUUCCAAGAAAAUGCACAUUUUAUUGCUACGACGUAAGAGAUAUGGAAAAGAAGAUAGAACUGGGCAACCAGUAUGACUUCAUACUGCUGGAUCCACCUUGGUGGAACAAGUCAAUCAGAAGGAAGAAAAUGAAGUGCGCAGAGGCCAGUUACAAAAUGAUGUACAAUGAGGAAUUAGUCAAGAUACCAAUAAGAAAACUGUUACAUUCAAAUGGUAUUGUAGCCGUAUGGUGUACCAAUUCGUCCAAUCAUUUGAAUAGUAUCUUCAACGAAAUAUUUCCAUCUUGGGGUAUUACUUAUAGAGCUAAGUGGUAUUGGCUCAAGGUGACACAAGCAGGUGAUACAAUAUGUAAUUUUAACUCAGCGCCUGGCAAGCAACCUUAUGAAUUACUGAUACUAGGAUCUGCAUUGGAAAACGACAAAGUGAAUAUCCCUGAUGGCAGACUGAUGAUCAGCAUACCUAGUGCGGUACAUUCUCACAAACCACCUCUCACAGAAAUCAUAAAGGAAUAUCUCCCGGACGACCCAAAGUGUCUAGAAAUUUUUGCAAGGUACUUGUUGCCUGGAUGGACGAGUUGGGGUCUAGAAAUCUUAAAGUUUCAACAUUUAUCGCUCUAUGAAAUUCUGGAUGAAUGUAAGAAAGAUGAAAGUGACGCCGACGACAUAAAAAGCGAGAAUGAGAGUAAAGAGCAACCGUAAAAAUGUGUUCAGUAGUUCCGUUCUUUAUUGAAGUUCGGUAUCCGUAUGGAUUCAUCGUUUGCCACCUCCAGAAGUCCUGACCUGUAUUCGACGUCUCACCGUUAGACACGAUUGUUUGAGAUUGUUCAGAUCCCGCGUUUAAGGGUUACGUU